AUGACUGACCGCAAGCCUACCGACCUUUCUUAUGGUCAUCCGGGACAAGCAACAUAUGAUGUAGAAGAAAAACAAUGGAUAUUUUCUAGAUCUCCUGAACACCAGCAAGAAUUUCGGCAAAUCUCCCCAUAUAAAGAGUGUUUCCCAGCAUCAAUUCAAAAUCUGCCCCAGACUACUCAGUUGCCGUCAGUUGAAAGCAAAUUUCAACUGAAGAAAAUCCUGAAAGCAAACCCAGAUUUCGUUCUUGCUAAGGACAUUUUAUCCACGCUCGUGAAAUUUGAGAAAUUGGGACUUUCAAACCCGCCAGAUAGAUCUGGGAACAUCUUAGCCACAGGUUACGCAGACUCCCCCUCCAAGAAUUCCAGAUUCAUUGCAUUACCAUGUGGCGAGGCAGGCCACAUUUUGAAGCUUGUCAGACUUCGAAAGCAGGCGCUAGCAUGGGGCAGUAGAUCAGGUCCAAGCAUUUCUUUGGACAGUACCCAUGGUUCUGAUGAGGCAUUUUGGAUGGGUACCGGAGGGGUUAUUCGUCAAAUUGCUGUCUGUGAUGAUAGCAUCGAAGCUAGUCCAUGGCUAGCUGUCAGGCAGGAUACGUUAAUAACUGUUUUCUAUCCGACUUUCGGCAAACCCUACUCCGUUCGAAAAGGCGUCCCAGCUGGAACGUUUCCUCUAUCUCGAUUGAACGCAAAUCCGGUAGCAAGCAUGGCAACUGUGAGGCAUGAUUCAGAGAUCUACAUUGACAUUUCCUUUAACCCAUGGUAUAAUCGUCAGUUCAUUUUGAUCGACACACUCGGCCGUUGGUCUGUAUGGAACAUUGAGGGCAACCCCAAAUCCUCCCGAUUAUCCGUGCAACUUGUUGCAGACAAAACUGGUAGUAUCCAUCAUGACUCUGAGCUUGACGCUAUAUCAAGCGUACCGGCUCGUGAAAGCACUGAUGGGUGGUACAAAGCUUUUUGGAUAUCUGAUCUGAGUACGAUUGCAAACAUCGAUAGAAGCCAGAUCGUCAUCAUCGAUCUCAAAGGACAGCCGAAACAUCUUCGAAGCAUCAAGUUGAAGUCAGAGCGGAUAUUAGACACCAAGAAAAAUCCAGCCGAUCAUAAUCAACUAUUUGUGUUGACUUCUUCUCGAAUAAUUUUGGUACAUGUUACACCCGCAGGAGACGGCGAGGGCGAAGAGCCAGGGGCGAGGAUCAUUCUCUCUCAGCGGCACUUCAGAGAUUCGCUUGAUCGAACGUUGCGACUUUGCAUUGUACAAGCUGAUUUAGUAUCAAUUGCAGUGUUUUCUAGCCAAACCCAAUUGAUAAAUGUAUACGGCUUUCUGCCGUCAAACGACUCGACAGAACCAACAUGCUGGCAAAGUUCAUUUUUGUUGUCAACCGAGUCUAGCAAUAAGGGAGUUUCGCAAGAGCUUAUCAGUGCUCUGCUUCUCAAGCAGGUUGAGUUCGAAGAUAGCGCAGAUACUCCUCCACAGAUUUCUGAAGGUUCCUUGGUCUUCAUUCAAGCUUGGGGGCUUUCGCAUGAUUUAGCACUUGGCUCUGCUGUGCUUGUCGCUCAUCAGGAUCUGCCUCAGAUGCUGAAAGUAGCAGCAUUCUGGAAGAGAGCCCCGACCUUCAGAGUCAGGAAACAAAACCGAGGUCUUCUCUCCGAAAAGUACAUCCAAGACGACUUCAUACUCCUCGAUGCUGAAGAUGAUCAGGAUGUCGAGAAUCAACGACCCGGCUAUCCUGUCCAGAACCAGCAUUUGGAAGCGCUGAAAAUGAGGCAAAAUGACUUGCGUAGGCGAGUAAACUGGACAAAGAUCUUCAAAAUUAUAUUUCCAAAUACGAGUCCGAAAAGCUUGCCGGAUUCAUCGAGUCCAUCUACAACAAUGGACGAGAUAAUCACCCAUUUAGAUAACUACAUCAACCAGGCCAAGGCAUCCGACGGAUUUCCCUUGACGACGAUAUAUGAGUUAUUAAAUCACAGUACUUUCUCGGAGGAGCUGGAUGGUGCCAGUACCGCUUUACAUGGAUAUAUUCAAUCUCUCCAAAAUGACGCCAUGAACCAACAUGAAUUCACGCUCACCACAUUGGCUCUUACUACACCCUCUUUGAUGAGCUUUCCAGCAGCUCCCAGUGCACAAGCACUGCUCUUCGACUUUCUGAACAUCUACGAUCAAUUGGUCACUCUUUGGAUCGCUGACUUACCCAGCCAAGUCUCUGUGCCUUCGCGUUUGCAAAAGCAUAAGAUGGUCCGCCAAAUAGCAAUCGAUUUAGGAUUGAGCUCAGUGGGGGUUUCGUAUCUCAAAUCUGAUGGUGGAGAAGAAGAUGUGGAAAAUUCGACUGAGGUGAUCAGUCGAAGGAAGGCACAAGGUGCUGAUGAUGACUCGGGUUUCUUCUCACCUGAAAUGACCCCCGUGCCAUCUCAACAUUCACUUUAUGGCGGAAGAACCACCACACGAACACCAUCGGUCUAUUCUCAUGCAACCAAUGCAUCGUCUGAAACAUCAGAAGAUCCAGCCAUCUCUCGGUUAAGGAAAUAUGCCGUGACGAUCGCAAGUGGGCCUGAUCCUGGUAGAUCAAAGAUACUCUCACAAUGGACUGUAGGAGGUGAUCCGUCUGCGUUCUCCUGGGAAGAUUUUAACAGAGCAUCCGUAGCCACAGAAAGUGCGGAUGAGAACAGUCGGAAGAAACGCCGUGAAGAUCUCCGCCGUCAAAAAUUGACAGAGAAAUAUCUUAGUCGUCAGUCUUCAAGAGCGACGACAGUGGAGCCUCAACCUUUGGCCAUACGAACAACAGAUUCCCAGCCUGGUUCUCGUUAUAAUUUCAGUUCGCAGCCAGAGAGUAGCAACCUGCCAAUGACGCAGCCAGAUAGAGGAGCGUUUGGUAGUCGGGCAGCCCAGAAAGGGAAAAAGAAGAAACGGGCCGCUGGGUUUUAG